AUGGUUCAAAUAGUGGCAAAAUCACGAGGAAAUCUGCGACGUGCACUGCUGUCGAUGGAAGCGGUGAAGAGAAAGGGAGUACCUAUUAAAGAAACCGAACAGGUACCAGAGCCUGAAUGGGAAAUCUACCUGCGUGAAACGGCAGAGUUGAUGAUCAAGAAGCAAAACAAUGAGAAUAUUCUUGCAGUUCGAGAACAUUUGUAUGAGUUGAUCUCCCGUUGCAUACAACCAAAUUUGAUAUUUUUGUACCUACUUCGAGAGUUGCUGAAACGCUGUCCACCGUCAGCUAAACGAGAAAUAUUCUGUGCCUCACGAAGUAAUUCGAGGCUUAUUUCUCCUAUGAUGGAUAAGACUCCAUUCGUGUGUUCGAUAGAAUCUCACCCAGGCCCUUAUAUGGUUCCUUGGACCUAUUUUUCCGACGACUCGUUGGCCAUCGAACUUUAUGCCAGAGAUGGAAUUUCCUUUUCGUGGCCGUUGGAUAUUGCUAAUUCAUUAUGCGGUGCUAUUGUCAUUUCACAAGGACCUCAGCAA